CCCGCGUUAAGUGUGGGAGCCACUUGUGGAGCGGCAAUUCAUCAACAGACUAAUUUCUUCACUGCCAAAAUGGCGUCAUUUUCUACCUCUGCCCAGUGUUCAACAUCUGACAGUGCUUGCAGGAUCUCUCCAAGACAAAUCAAGCAGGUACGACCAAAAGUGCCACUUUUGAAGAUUUUGCAGGCAGCAGGUGCACAAGGUGAAAUCUUCACUGUUACAGAGGUCAUGCACUAUCUAGGCCAGUACAUAACAAUGAAGCAGCUUUAUGAUCCGCGGGAGCAGCAUAUGGUAUAUUGUGGGGGAGAUCUUUUGGGAGAACUACUAGGAUGUCAGAGCUUCUCUGUGAAAGAUCCAAGCCCUCUCUAUGCUAUGCUAAGAAGGAAUCUUGUUGCUUUAACCAUUGCUACUACAGGGUUUAACAUGCCAUAUAUUAAAAUGAACAUUUCUAUAACAAGCAUUUCAAUUGAUCCUCACAACAACCCUGUGAAGAAAGUCUGGAGAUGAAGAAACUAAGGAUUUUUUAAUUGAGUGAUUUGUCCAAGAUCAGAUACCACUGGUUAAGUGGUAGAGGAGAUAUUUCUGAUUGGCCAGCCCUUGUUUUUUUUCAUUGUGCCAUCUCCUUAACCCUUGCUUGUAACAGAAUUUGCCCCUAUUAAUUUUUUAAACACUUUUUAAUUCUCUGAACAGUAAAAUUUUAAAACAUUUUGUUCUUCAACUUCUCACUUGGAAAUAAUUUCACCCACAAAAAUUGCAAAUUUCCUUAAAAAGAGUUCCUUCAACUCUUUACCUAGGUUCCCCCAAUGGUAACACCUCACAUAACCAUAGUACAAUGACCAAAACCAGGAAAUUGCCCCACAGUAACUUGAUUGUCUGCUCUGACUUGCGCCUGGAUUGGUACUUGAUGGCCAUCUCUGUUGGUCUUCAUAAAAUGGGUUGCCUGUGAUUUAUUUGAAGGGACAAAUGAGAAAA